AUGGCAAGAAGUCCACUGUCCGAAGUCCGAAGUCCAGGCUCCAUUUUGCGGAACAAACACGAAACGCCGCCAGAAAAGUUCAAGUCGUCCGAAAGAAAUUUACAAGUGUUAAAUGUCGAACGCUUUUUGGCAAUGGAGAGGGGAAAUGCGUGCUGGCCGGCAUUCGACACGAGUCCAAUGCGGAAACGGUGGACAAAUGAACCCCAGUUUAAUGUCACCCCUUUCGCCCAUCCUCUUCUCUGA